AGGGUCAGGCUGUGCUCACAGUUUCCUCCGGCAGCAUGUAAAGCCUCCACAAAGGAGUUAGGAGUUCAAAUGAGGCUGCUGCCGCUACCCACAGCCCCACGAUGGAGCCCCAGCCCUGAGAGGCACUGCCCGAGUCCCGGGACCUGCAGGGCAUGGUACUGAGGCAGCCACCCGGCCCCACUGGGAGGGAAGGCAGGCUGUGAGCAGAGCCAGCGGGAUCCUCGGCCAGCUCCUGCCCAGCCCAGUCAGAGCUCUGCUGUGGAGGCAGUGUGCAGAGGCCAGCCAGGCAGGGCUGCUCAGCGGCCGGCUGGUCUGGCCUGCGACUCACUCGGGACCCCUCCUGGCAGCCAGGGAAAGGCUGCCCGGCUGACGGCCAAGGUGAAGCAUGUGAGGAGCUGCUCUGGGAGCCAAGCAGGAGGGCAGAGAUUUUACUCACAAAGGAAAUUCAUUUUGCAAGGACCAUGAGACGGCUGUAUGUGGCGUGCUGGUGGCUGGGACUGCUGGCCGCUGUGGGAGCUGCUACGGGCCAGGAGAAUGGUUUUGAGGGCUCAGAGGAGGGCACGCCAAAAGAGUUCAUUUACCUGAACAGGUACAAGCGGGCUGGUGAGUCCCCGGACAAGUGCACCUACACCUUCAUUGUGCCCCAGCAGCGGGUCACGGGUGCCAUCUGCGUCAACUCCAAGGAGCCCGAGGUGCUGCUGGAGAACCGCGUGCACAAGCAGGAGCUGGAGCUGCUCAACAGCGAGCUGCUCAAACAGAAGCGGCAGAUUGAGACGCUGCAGCAGCUGGUGGAGGUGGACGGCGGCAUCGUGAGCGAGGUGAAGCUGCUGCGCAAGGAGAGCCGCAACAUGAACUCCCGGGUCACGCAGCUCUACAUGCAGCUCCUGCAUGAGAUCAUCCGCAAGCGGGACAACGCGCUGGAGCUCUCCCAGCUGGAGAACCGAAUCCUCAACCAGACUGCCGACAUGCUGCAGCUGGCCAGCAAGUACAAGGACCUGGAGCACAAGUACCAGCACCUGGCCACGCUGGCCCACAACCAGUCGGAGAUCAUCGCACAGCUGGAGGAGCACUGCCAGCGGGUGCCCGCGGCCAGACCCGUCCCCCAGCCGCCCCCCGCCACACCCCCCCGGGUCUACCAGCCGCCGACCUACAACCGCAUCAUCAACCAAAUCUCCACCAAUGAGAUCCAGAGUGACCAGAACUUGAAGGUGCUUCCGCCCACUCUGCCCACCAUGCCCACCCUCACUAGCCUCCCGUCCUCCACAGACAAGCCGUCGGGCCCAUGGAGAGACUGUCUGCAGGCCCUAGAAGAUGGCCAUGACACCAGCUCCAUCUACCUGGUAAAGCCAGAGAAUACCAACCGCCUCAUGCAGGUAUGGUGUGACCAGAGACAUGACCCAGGAGGCUGGACCGUCAUCCAGAGGCGCCUUGAUGGGUCCGUCAACUUCUUCAGGAACUGGGAGACAUACAAGCAAGGGUUUGGAAACAUUGACGGCGAGUACUGGCUGGGCCUGGAGAACAUUUACUGGCUGACGAACCAAGGCAACUACAAACUCCUGGUGACCAUGGAGGACUGGUCUGGCCGAAAGGUUUUUGCCGAGUACGCCAGCUUCCGCCUGGAGCCAGAGAGCGAGUACUACAAGCUGCGGCUAGGGCGCUACAAUGGCAAUGCUGGUGACUCCUUCACUUGGCACAACGGGAAGCAGUUCACCACCCUGGACAGAGACCAUGAUGUCUACACAGGAAACUGUGCCCACUACCAGAAGGGAGGUUGGUGGUACAACGCCUGCGCCCACUCAAACCUCAACGGCGUCUGGUACCGUGGGGGCCAUUACCGGAGUCGCUACCAGGAUGGGGUCUACUGGGCAGAGUUCCGAGGAGGCUCCUACUCGCUUAAAAAAGUGGUGAUGAUGAUCCGGCCCAACCCCAACACCUUCCAUUAAGCCAACUCCUCCUCCUGACAUCUCGGGGCCACUGCCAGGGGCCCAGCCCAGCCGCACUGGGCCCAGCAAUUAGGGCAACCUUGUGCUAGUUCACCUUGGGGCUGGGGAGUUGGAUGCUGGAAUCUAUUCCCCAAAGUCCAUGAGGCAGACAACGGAACUGAAAUGAUACAGUAUUCUCUGUUCCUACUACCGUUCUUCACAGUCGACAGCCCCUCAUAUUUCCAGGACAGGACAGGACUGCAGACAGGCUUUUCUUUAAAUCAAGUCCCCACCGCCACAAUAAAAGCACAACUGAAAAACACCUUCAUAAUACAUGUGUGUUGGAACCUACCUUGUACACUUUUGUGUACGCACACAAGUAGACACCUCAAUACAUAUGCAUUUAAAUAUAUAUCACCCAAUGCAUCUAGAUACAUAUGUAGAACUACUCUGCAGACCCUGAGAUACAUAUAUUCAAUUCCUAGGUGUCGAGUGGUGGUCACCAACAGCUCUGUUUUUGGGAGAAAACCCUUUCCAUCUUGUGCUACUUCCAUCUAAGAGCAGAUCACACACUCAAUUCAGAGCACAUGCCGAGUUCUUUGCGGGAUGUCUACAAUGCUACUCCUCUCACACAGGGGCACCACGUGAAGGUAUUUCUUAAGGAACCCCAUCAAAUUUCAAAGUAUACUUUCUCCAUUCUCAGGUCUUUUUGAAUCCACCCACCCAGCUACUUACCCAUUCAGUUAACAGCGCCGUCUAUAUAUCAGUCCCUAACCACUCACUGUAUUUCAAAUCGUCUUUACUGCUCCCCUACUCAUUCCUUACCUUUUCUAUUGCAAUGUCUUUUCUUCCAGGGAAGAUUCCUUACCUAGGCGUAGGAAACAGCCUGGGCUCCAGGUUUCUGGUCAGGAAUGAGAAGGCCAAGCUCAAAACCUAACCACUGGCCAUAAAGACAAUGUGCUCACAGUUUUGCAGUUUCCAUUCACAUUUCAGUCUACCUGUCAUUUUUAACCUUCACUGAAAUAAUAACCUACCUGGCCCAGGAAUUAUCCCGUUUAAGAGAUGUCAUCCUCUGAUCACAGGGAUGCCCUAACAGCCACGGACCAAAGGUGCCAUGGUCUCAGGCUGAAUUCAAAGUCAACAUCUCCCCCAAAACUGUACUUCCCUGGAGAAGAGGUACCACUCCAAAUGAGAACUGGCCACAUCUCACGAACAGUCAGAACUGGCCACAGAUGCCUUCGUUGGUACCUUGCAGCCAUCAUGCAGCCUGAUGGCUUCCGGAGUUCUGUCGGCCAAGAAGCAUCAGACUCAGCCCGACCAGGACCUCUGCCAAGCAGAGAGCACGGGGAUGAGUCCAGAAGACGAGAUCCUCCUCAGUGGUCAUGUGGUCAUGUCGGGUGUUCGAAAUGUUGGACAAUUUGGUACUGUCUAUGUCUGUGUGUAUUACCUCAGCAUUUCUCAAAAAGUGUACCAUGUAGCAUGUUUUGUGUAUAUAAAAGGGAGGAUGGUUUGUGUGUGGUUUUUUAAAAUAUACUAUCAGAUUAUCUUUGUAAUGACACAAAUCUGCAAUAAAAGCCACCAGUGCUAUUUG